UAUAUAUAACAAACCCCACUCUCCCCACUUUUACUUCCCUCACUACUCUCUUAUUCUCCUUCAUUUCUUCAUUCUCUAUUAGGUCACUUGUUUAUAUAUACAGUUAGCCAUGGACUUAGCUCAAGAACAACUCAUGGGCUCUCAUGAUAAUCAUCAGAUCAUUAAAGGCAAGCGAACCAAACGCCAACGCUCAUCUUCUCCGGGAACCGGUGGAGCAGCUGCCACCGUAUCGUCUAGCUCGUCAAGCGGCGGUUAUGGUGAGUAUGGUUCGAUUUCUUCACAUACAAGUUAUGAGAGUACGGAAGAAGAAGAAGAAGAUAUGGCUAAUUGUUUGAUUUUAUUAGCUCAAGGUGAUGGUCCAAGAUUACUUAAGAAGAAGAUCAAGAAUCUUGAUCGUCAAGAAAAAGAAAAACUCGGUAGUAAUAAUUCAAGAAAACUGAGUCAACUCGUUUCUAGUACUAAGUCUGGUUUUUAUAUUUACGAGUGUAAAACUUGUAACCGGAGUUUUCCUUCGUUUCAAGCAUUAGGUGGACACAGAGCGAGUCAUAAAAAACCUAAAGCGGAAGAGAAAAAAGCUUCUCCGGCGGUUUUAACGGCGGAGAAUUGUGAAAAUCAUCGUCUUCUUGAUGAUUGUCGGUUGAAUAAAAGUGACGAAGAUGAUCACCGGAUUCAUCCUCUUUCUCUCCAUAUUUCUUCCGUUAAAACCAAGAUUCAUGAAUGUUCCAUUUGCGGCUCGGAAUUUAGCUCCGGUCAGGCUCUCGGUGGUCACAUGAGACGGCACAGGGCUGCUGCUGCGGCUGCUGCUGCUAGUACUAGCUCAGUGAUGAUCAACGGUAAUGAUCAAAUCAAGAAGCGGCCUAUUUUAUGUUUGGAUCUUAAUCUUCCGGCACCGGAGGAUGAUCAAUAUCAUCAUCGGGAAUCUAAGUUUCAGUUUGUGCCGACUCAAAAAGCUUUAGUGUUCUCUGCGGCACCGACUUUGGUGGAUUGCCAUUACUGAGAAGAUAGAAACCAGAAAAAAAUGAUAUAGGAAUUGAUCAAUAUGUGAUUUAUUUUAUUAUUAUCAUUAAUAUAAUUAGUAAUUCAUUU